AUGGCUUCCGAUAGACGCAAUCUCAAUCGUAUUCCCAGCUUGGAUGAACGGCAACCUUUAGAAACGGCGGAUUCCGACAUUUCAGACGCUGAUUCUGCCACCAGAGAUAAUGACUCGUCUCCUGAGGCAGUGUCGUCAGCAGUAGCGCUGCCGCAAUUAUUAUCCAAGCGCGUGUCGUCAGCGUUCCGUAAGUCGAAGGAUAAUGAUGUAUCGGUCCACGAGGUCGACCAAACUGCCAUUGAACUCGUAUUCCGUGAAAUCCAACGCCACAAUCGCUUGAGAAUUCGUCGGAGGGGUGCCAACGUAGGAAGCAGAAAGGGCUCUGUGAUGGAAGAUUCGAAAAAGCCUCCAAUUGAACCUACUGAAGCCAGUGCUAUCGACAGUCAGGUGGAAGUCAAAUUUCGCUCUUCAUUCAACGAUACUGUAAGCACGCCAGUCUACACCUCCAUUAUGGAUUCCGAGCACUUCAUCGAAGGCCAAUUCUUCGGUUUUUACGUUGCCGCUUGGUUAUCGGUGACAUUCUACAUUGUGAAGCAUAUGGUCCAGAGCGAAUUCACAGAUCAAUUACCUUUGUACAAAGCUCCAGUGUUCAAAAUAUUCACCCAUGGUUUAGUGAAGGUCGCGCUUACAGAUCUUGCAAUGUAUUUAAGUAUCUACGUGGUGUUCUUCAUUCAGGUCCUCUGUGCAAAGAACAUUAUUCAAUGGCGCAAAACUGGCCGUGCUUUGACUUCCAUUUAUGAGGCUUUUUUCAUGGUAUUUUGGAUUUACUUUGUCGUUGAGCGUAUCAUGAAAGAUCAGUGGAUUGGGAGAACAUUCCUCAUCUUGCACAUGUUUGUGUUGUUCAUGAAAAUGCAUUCCUAUGCAUUCUACAAUGGAUAUCUCUGGAAAAUCUUGCGUGAAUUGCAAUUCUCUGAAGAUUAUUUGGAGCGCCUCCACCUGGGUUCUGUAAAGUUACCCACUGGCUACAAUGUUGAAGAGACAAAAAAGCUUUUGGCAGGAUCCAUUGCUUUUUGUAAAUUUGAAUUACUCCAUCAGUCUCUUGCGCUAGACAAAGCAGAUGAUAAAAAGACUUUGGAGAUGGACUCCACAGCCCUUUGCUCCACCUAUCUGAGUUUCCCAAAAAAUAUUGACUUCUCAGAUUUUUUCAUGUUUACAAUGUUCCCAACGGUCCUGUAUUCCUUGAAGUUCGCUAGAAACGAAAGAAUACGUUGGAGAUUUGUUUUAGAAAAAGUCGCUGCCAUGGUUGGCAUUAUCUUCAUCAUGCUUUUGAUUGCAGAGUACAACCUUUAUCAGCCUUAUAUGAACGCUUUGAAAUUAAGAAAAGUCGAUCUCACAAGUAUUGAAAGGCUCAAUCUAUUCGUUAUGACAUGCUUUGAUUUGGUUCCGGAAAUGUUUCUCGAGUAUUUGCUCACAUUUUAUCUCAUUUGGCAUGUUAUCUUGAACCUAAUAGCGGAAGUAACCAGGUUCGCAGAUAGAGACUUUUAUGGCCACUGGUGGGCUCUUCUUGACUGGGAAGAAUUCUCUCGUCUAUGGAACAAGCCAGUUCACAAGUUUCUCCUUCGUCACGUAUACCAUUCCUCUAUCAGUGCUUUUUCUUUAUCGAAAUCGUCUGGUGUGCUUUUGACGUUCUUCAUUUCCAGUGUCAUCCAUGAGCUUAUGAUGUACGUUGUGUUCGGCCGCGUAAAAGGGUUUUUAUUUUUUUUCCAAAUGUUCCAACUUCCAUUGAUCCUCAUCAACAAGUCGCCUCUUCUCAAAAAUCAUAAGACAAUUCGCAAUAUCCUUUGUUGGGGUGGAUUGAUUCUCGCUCCAGGUAUGAUUCCAUCUUUCUACCUUGUUUUUUGA